AUGUUCGACCAACUGGUGCCAGGAAUCAUUUUUGUCGGCCUCAGUAGCAUUGGCCUCUGGCAUUCUAUUCCGUUGACCGGGGUCACUCCUUCCAAUUCCUUUUUCUGGCGCAGUCUCAGCUCCUUGGAAAUUGCCUAUUCCAUUCACGAACUGCGCAAAGUUCACCCUUUAGUCUUCCCCCAUGAUGACGCAACCUCAGCAUACGACCUUCUCCAGCAACUUUCACUCCAUGCUCAACAGUACGAAAAUGCCAGGCUGGCCCUGGAACAAUCGGCUGAAGCAGCAUCACUGCAAAUCAACAUCCCAGGAGUUACAGCGUCCAUGUUCGAUCCGAGUUCCACAGCAAUGCCAAAAUCGGUCUAUGUGAACGACGGUUCGGCAACCGAGCUUCGUUCCGAGGAGCUGCAGCAGUCCAACCCAGACCAAAAUAACACGCUGUAUUUCACUAUCGUGACUGCGCUCGUUUUGAUUACUCUCAUGUUUCAAAUUAUGGGUUUUGUGACGGCAAGCAACAUCAAGUACGACAUCGAGCACUUGAAAUACAAUUGUUUCGGCCGAAUGAGGGCCGUGCAAGAACAAUUCGGCAUAUUGAUGUUGGAGAUCCAACAGUUUCGAAGAGAAAAUGAACAAGUACGGCCUGUUUUCGUUCACCUGGCGGAAUCAAUCCGAAAUGCCUCGGACGACCUUCAACAUUGUUUGCUGCAUCUUGUUGGUAUGAUGGAAAACAAAUACACGUCUGGUAUAAUAGACCUAGACGCCAAGCUAGAGAAGGUUAGUGAACAACACCAGGGUCUCAUGAAAAAUACUGAAAGUUUCCCUCAUAUUCCGAGACAGUUGGCCUGGCUUAACAUACUGCUGGCGAAAACCAUGUACCCCGACACCGAAUUACCUGACGAAUUGCGCGUGGAACAGCCCGAUUUUGAUUUGAACAUAGGCCCUACCGAGAGAGUCGGCUUGGCUUAA